CUCUCUCUCUCUCUCUCUCUCUCCCUUUCUCAUCUCCUUUUCCCAUCUCCUUUUCCCUCCGGAACUCCCCACAUCUCUACCUCCUGACCUCUGAGCUGUCCCUCAGUCCUCCGGCCCUGUCACCUGGUCACAGCACGGCUGGCUCCAGCGCCCAGGACGUUUCGUGAGCCAUGAGGGCUGACGACUGAUUCACUACAGAGAGGCCCUUGACUCAAAAGGGGCUCAUUGGUCGUGCUGGUGGUGAUGACCUUCAGCUCCCCUCCUCUGGAGGAGGCCAGAGCGUGAGUGGAGGGCGCAGGGGCGGGCGCGCCAGGAGGCUGCCGGAGCCAGUACCGCACAGCCCGGGGCGGAGCCGCCAGUUCGGCCGGCCGCUGCUGGUUCAGCUCCCACCGUGGUCCCAGGAGCGUCCGUCUGCGGACUCCAGGAGACCCUCCGAGCGGGUGCUGCGGGCCGAGGCAUGGCCGCGGGGUCGGCGCCCAAGGCGGAGGCGGGGCUGGAGGAGCCCCUGAAGCAGGAGCAGAUCUCCCACACAAAGUUUUCUGUGGAUGAUGAAUGGAACCUGCAGCAGGAGAGGAUGUACAAGAUGCACCGGGGCCACGAGUCCAUGCAUGUGGAGAUGAUCUUGAUCUUCUUCUCCACGCUGAUCGUCGCCCAGAUCGUGCUGGUGCAGUGGAGGCAGAGGCACGGCCGGUCCUACAACCUGGUGACCCUCUUGCAGAUGUGGGUUGUCCCUCUGUAUUUCACGAUAAAACUUUACUGGUGGCGGUUUCUGUCCAUGUGGGGGAUGUUCUCAGUCAUUACCAGUUACAUCCUCUUCAGAGCUACCCGAAAGCCCCUCUCCGGGAGAACACCGCGUUUGGUCUACAAAUGGUUUCUUCUGAUCUACAAACUCAGCUAUGCCUUUGGUGUUGUGGGUUAUUUGGCUAUCAUAUUCACAAUGAGUGGGCUCCAUUUACUUUUCAAAGUCAAGGCUAGAGACUCCAUGGACUUCGGCAUUGUGUCUCUGUUCUAUGGCCUCUACUAUGGCAUCAUGGGGAGAGAUUUUGCCGAGAUCUGCUCGGAAUACAUGGCUUCUACUAUAGGGUUCUACAGCGUCAGUGGGAUGCCCACGCGGAGCUUGGCCGACAGCAUCUGUGCCGUCUGUGGGCAGAAGACCAUCGUGGAGCUCGGUGAGGAAGGGCUCAUUGAAGACACCUACCAGCUUUCCUGCAAUCACAUCUUUCACGAAUUCUGCAUCCGAGGCUGGUGUAUUGUGGGUAAAAAGCAGACUUGCCCUUACUGCAAAGAGAAGGUUGACUUGAAGAGGAUGAUCAGUAACCCCUGGGAGCGCACACACAUAUUGUACGGACAAAUGCUGGACUGGCUGCGUUACCUGGUGGCCUGGCAACCCAUGGUGAUAGGAAUCGUGCAAGGCAUUCACUAUUCACUGGGGCUGGAAUAAUGUAGCAGACUUACCCCAGAGGCAAUGCGUUACACAUUGAAAUGUUUUGAGAAGUCCUUGAUCCUACAUUAACUAUCAACAUUCUUUUUCUUUUUAAUUUAAAGAUGAUUCCAAGAGUUCAGAGAAUUGAAUACAAUUUGGCGGUCUACAUAAGGCAGUUUGUCUAUGUGGAAAGGAGGGAAAGAACUGAAUUAACAGAAUAAACAAGAGAAGCGUGCUUCGCGUCUUUCCCAUUACAAGUGUUUUCUAAUCCAUGCAUGCGACACAUUUACUACAAACCUCCAUGGACACCUUGCCUCUAAGUUGGGUGAUGUCGAUGUCAUCUGUAAGGCAUUUCACAGGUUUGCAAAGUGCUUCUCACAGAGAACAUUUAGCCAUAACGAAUACCUUCUGGUCAGUUCAACAUCUUCAGAAAAGUCAGCAGAGGUGUUAAGUCAUCUGCGGUUUAAGAAUCUGGCCUUUUCUACACUUUGUGCUUGUGACCACGGAGCCACUUUGGCACCGCAAAGCCCUCCCACAGAGACAGGACUAACCCCGCCCGUAGCACUAGGUGCCACAGCCCACUCAAGGCGCCGGAGUGAUGCCCGG